AGAAACAUGAAUAAUUGGAACCUGCUCUAGAAAUUUCUACUCUGGUCAACUUCCCUCCUGCCCAGGUUGUGUGUACCCUGGGAAUGACAGACCAGGAAGGGAAGAAUUCAAGUGAUGGACAGUAAGGGAUCCAAGACUGGUACAAGCAGGACCUGGAGUCCUCAAGUCCAGAAUGAGAAGAUGGGCUAAAUCAACCAUGGGAUCAUCUAAUGCUUCACUGAGACUUUGGCUUCUAUCUUCAGAAAUGGGCUAGAACCUGAGGAAAGGAUGAAUCACCUCUAGGACUCUCCUCUUCUAGAAUAUUCCCAUUCUGGAGUUUCCCAGGUUGAGAUCAAGUCAACGUGCUGGAUAGCAAGGAGCCAGCUUGGCCUCAGUGAGCAGACUAUUAUUUGUUCUGAGAUCUGUAACUUCCUCUGGGCUAGGACUCACCCUUUCUCCUGUACUUCUGUGGGACAUCCAGCCAUAUUACAGUCUGCCUAGGAAGAAGACAGCAUCCCAGUGGCAGGUCCAAGGAACAAGGCACCCAUCAUGGCCUUCCUCCUGAGGCUGCUCAGGUUUGGUACUGAGAAAAAGAAGGCAAAGCAUUAUGCCAACGUGAAACGAGAUGUGAACCCUUAUGAUGUGUGGGAACUUGUGGGAGAGCUGGGGGAAGGAGCCUUCGGGAAAGUAUUUAAGGCUCAAAACAAGGAGACUGGGGUCUUGGCUGCAGCCAAAGUGAUUGAGACACAGAGUGAAGAAGAGCUGGAGGAUUACAUAAUGGAAAUUGACAUCUUGGCUGGCUGUGACCAUCCAAACAUUGUCCAACUACUGGAUGCCCUUUACUGGGAGGGCAAACUUUGGAUUCUCAUUGAGUUUUGCCCUGGGGGUGCUGUGGAUGCCAUUAUUCUGGAGCUGGAGAAAGGGUUGACCGAAGUUCAGAUCCAAAUGGUCUGCAAGCAGGUGCUACAGGCUCUGGAAUACCUCCAUGGAUCUAAGAUCAUCCAUCGGGACCUCAAGGCUGGGAACGUCCUGCUGUCUUCUGAAGGCUAUGUCAAACUUGCUGAUUUUGGAGUGUCAGCCAAGAAUUCCCGCACCUUGCAGCGAAGAGCUUCCUUCAUCGGGACACCAUACUGGAUGGCACCCGAGGUCAUUCAGUGUGAGACGUCCAAGGAGGCCCCUUAUGACUACAAGGCUGACAUCUGGUCUCUGGGGAUCACGCUGAUAGAGAUGGCUGAAAUGGAGCCUCCCCAUCAUGAGCUUAACCCCAUGAGGGUGUUGCUAAAAAUCCACAAAUCCCCUGCACCCACUCUGCGCUAUCCUCAGCAAUGGUCUGAAGAGUUUAAAGACUUCCUGAGGAAAUCCCUGGAGAGGGAUCCUGAGAGCAGAUGGUCCGCCUGUCAGCUCCUGCAGCAUCCUUUUGUGUCGGAGGUGGAAGGCAGUGGACCGCUGCGAGAGCUGAUUGCAGAAGCCAAGGCAGAAGUCCUGGAGGAGUUUGAGGAAGAAGAGAUAGCAGCCUCCUUUUCGGUAAGCCACAGCUGGAUGGCAUCUCCAAGUCAACAACAUAAGCAGUCCCUGUCCAGUGGCGGCGGUCCUCCUAUAGAGGCAGAGAAGCAUUCAAAAGACAGGAAGUUGUCCUUGGAGAAGCCGGAUAGAAGCAAAAGCACCAACAAAGGUGUCCAGCUCCUUCCUACAACUCUAGCAGUCAAAGAGAAUGACUUUCAACCUCAGGUCAUGGAGGAGAAUCAAGCAACCCUCCAAGAAAACCCCCAGGGAGAUUCUCCAAACAAGCCACUUGAUGGUGGGGGUACCAAUUCCCUGGCUGAUUCUCCUGAUGCAAAGGGACCUGGGCUCAGCAGGCACAGUUCUGUUGGUCCAAACCAAAGGUUGCUUCGGCCAAGAGCGGGCCGGACUUCCAGUUUGAAGAAGCAGAUGAGACGCAAGUCUGCACCCAUGCUGGUCGUUCCCCUUGACUCUCAAGGUUCCAUGAAGCUUUCCUCCAAGGGCCCUUCAGAUAUCUUGAAAUUAAUGAGACGAAGGUCAUUCUUUGGUGGAUUGAAGUCCCAGGAUAUUCUUGAUCCACUAGCCCAGGAGAUUCAUGAGCCAUUGGCCACUCUAAGUGGGAAAGACCUUUGGGAAGAACAACUCUCUUCCAGCACUAAGCCUCAGGCCAGGCUAGACUCCCAGAGCAAUGCUCUUCUUCCCAUUCCCAAGGCACUCUCCCCUGAACAAGACACGCUGAUUGACUACGCAACAGAGACUAAUUCUCCAAAUAAGCCACAGGAGUCACAGCUCUCCCCAUGCUUCUCCAUAAUCCUCCCUGAAGGACAAGAGGGACCCCUGGCAAAAGAACUAACUCCUACUCACAGUAGCACUUCUCAGAUAGAGAAUCAGGAAAAUUUUGGCUCAGGCACUGGAGAGCAAAUUUCUCCCCUUACUGUUAUCUGCCCCUCAACAGGAGACCAACAGCAAGUUAUUCUGGAACUGGAAGCCCCCACACCAACCAAUGCUACAGCAGUUCUGGAGAAUUCAGAGGAGAAGCAUGAUCCCAGAGGAAACCUGGAGAAGAUUUCCUCAUAUGAGAGGCUGCCUGUUGGGCCAGAUAAAGAAAGGAAAGUCAGCUCUCCUUGCAAACAAUGGAAUGGGGAUGCACAGGUGGAGGAGACCAAAGCUCAGCACCUGGACACAACAUUUGUGUCCAGUCUUCUCACAAAAGAUAAAAACUCAGGAGAUGAGUGUGCAUUGGAGGCUUCCAAUCCCUGCCAGAUCAGGACCAGAUUCCUGAGCUCCCAGGACCCAGGGGCCCACAUUCAAGCUAACCUGCCCAAAGAUGCUGAAGAACCAAUGCCAGAGAAUUCAGGACACUAUCUCUGCUGCCCUCAAGAGUCCUCCAACUUAGGACAUGAACUGGGCUCUGGUACCCAGAAUCCAACAGCACCACUCAACACAACCCACUUCCCAUACCAAAAGGAACACUGCCCCCCAAAGCCAGAGACAAGGGGUACAGAUUUGCUGCUGAGAGAAACACAAGAGUUAAAAACUGAAGAUGCCAAGAACACGUCCCCAGACUCAACAGGGAAAUCAAAGAGACUCAAAGGGCAGGAGGCUCAUUCCUUGGAAAGGGAAAAUCAAGGAGUGACCAUACAGUGUGAAAAGAAAGAAGCACAGACAGAUAUCUCCAAAGGCAAGAAAGAGAACCUGGAAAUGGUAGGUAAUGUCGUAGUGGCCCCUGGAGAGACCUUUCUAAAUGUCAUGGAAGAUGCCCAACCUACACCCCUUGAGGGACCAACUAGAGUCCCAGAGGAUUGCCAGCACCCUGCCCUAAAGCUGGCUGGGACAGCAGAGGCCCUGGAGAAGCCAACAGGGACAGAAAUCCUUGAGACCCUGAAGGAGAAGAAAAAAGUUAAUUUCUCAGAAGGGAGCUUGGAACCCAGAACCAAUGAUCAAUCGGGAAAAGAAGGCAGAGUCCAGAAGACUGAGGCAAGCCCUUUGGAGGGAAAGGACCCAAGAGACAAUGAAAGACAUGUGACUGGUGGUGAUAUUCCCAAUGCCCGGCCACCACCAGCUACAAGUGACACUAGCCAGGGCCCCCUUUCCUUCAGAAAAACUGUAAAGAAAACCCGCAAGUUUGUGGUGGACGGGAAGGAGGUCAGUGUGACGACUUCUAGGCCUGUGCAGGAGGCUGACCGCAGAGGAGAGAGCGUCCGUUCAGCCCGCCGAAAGGAGUUGCAAGAGCUUCGCCUUCUUCAGAAAGAAGAGCAGAGGGCCCAGGGCCAGCUGGACCAGAGACACCAUCAGCAGAGGGAACAGAUGUUCCGACACAUAGAGCUGGAAAUGACGGGUAAGAAACAACACUACGACAGCCAAGUGGAGGCUGUGGACCGCCAUCACCAGCAGAUCACCGACAGGUUAGAAACAGAGUAUACCCAGAGGCUCCAGGACCAGGCGAGGCGCCUGAAAGCCCAGCAAGAGAAAGAUUACAAUCGGAGGUUGCCCGCGCUGAGGGAGAACAGGAAAGAGGAGCAGAGGUUUCUCCAGCAGCAGCAAGAACAGCUAAAUCAAGCGCUACAGAAACUGAUCCAGGAGCAUAAGAAAAAAGUGACCUCCAUUGAAUGGGAAUGCACUAGUAAAAUCCACAGCCUCAAAAGAGCCCGGGAGGCUGUAAUCUGGCAGCUGGAGCAGUCUCACUUACAAGACAAGUAUCAACUCUUCAAGCAGCAGGUGAAGGAACAGUAUUCCCUCCACAAGCAACAGUUGACCAAGCGCCAUGAGAAGGAUAAUGAACGGAUGCAUAGCUUCCACCACCUCCUUUUGGAAGAGUUGAAAAACCAGCAGGCCCAGGAGAGAACCCAGCAACUAAAGUCUCAACGAUGUGAGUCCAGGGUCCGCCUGGCUCAGUUCAAAGAGAGUCUCAAGCUACAGGACUUAAGUGGUGCUGAGCAUAGAGAUCAAAUCAAACAGUUCUUACAGCAAGAGGAAGGACGCCAGAAGGCAGACACAGAGCAGCACCAACAGAAGCACCAUGGACAGCUGCAGGAGCUGCAAGAGCAGCUGGAGGCCAAUGUUCAGGAGGUGGAACAGAUGCAGAAUGAAAAACUCCAGCGCCUGGUAGAACAAGAAAAGAAAAAGCUAAGAGCCCUGGAUGAUGAACACACCAUGGAGCUACGAGAGUGGCAAGAGAGGCUGGCUGCAAGAAAAGAGAUGCUGGAGGAAGAGCUGUCUAACAGAGCCCAGCUGCGUUUCCCAGGGCCCCGGCGGGGGAGCGAGCCAGCAAGGAGGCUUCAACGGCUCUUCCCUGUGUUCCACUUCCCUACUUAAUAACCUACUUCUGUGACAGCUAGCCCACACCUCCUUUCAUCAGUAAUUUUUUUUCCAGUUUCCUCAAAAGUGGGAAUGAAGCUUCUACACACUAUAUUUUAAGGAAAUGAAAAAGAUCUAGUUGUAACAAAAUAUUUUUAGCAAGAUUUUCCAAUAGCAAAAAUUUGGGGAGGGGCAGUUGGGUAGCUCUGUGGAUGGAGAGCCAGGCCUAGAGAUGGGAGGUCCUAGGUUCAAAUCUGACCUCAGACACUUCCCAGCUGUGUGACCCUGAGCAAGUCACUUGACCCCCAUUGCCUAGCCCUUCACUCUUCUGCCUUAGAACUAAUACACAGCAUCAAUUCUAAGAUGGCAGGUAAGGGUUUAAAAAAACUGAAAAUAAUGCAGCCAUUUUACAGUCAAGGAAUAAAUUGUGGCAAAUGAACAAGAAUGGACUAUUAUUGAACCUAUAACUGUAACUAGGAUGGGACCAUCAGGCAUUACUUCAAGGUGUUAACAUGCAUGGGGUCUGUUUUAUCCAUGGAUGGUCCAAAUGAUUCCUGGUAUUUCACAGUCCUUUGCUAGUUUGUACCCCAUAAGGCAAACCCAUUCCCUCCUAUGUGGCACAACACCUCUAACAUAAAUAUGGGGAAAUAUAGAUAAAGUAAUACAGAACAAAAAAAUUAAACCCAAAAAAGCAACAUAGACACUGGUUACCGCUACAUUCAAAAAACCAUCAUUUGAAAAUCUUGAAAAUAUGCCAUAAAUGAGGGUAAAGAGAAAUGUAGACAAAAGAUAGGUUGGAUAUGACUUAAAUUUUAUAUAUUUUGUUACUGUAUAAACAAUGGAACCUUCUGGUUUUUGAGUAAAUUGUUUUGCUUUUGUUUGUAUACUUUAAGGUUUCUGUUCACUGAAGGUCAAGUUCAUAAUAAAAACAUUAUUAUAAUAUUGUUAUAA